AUGCCGCGCCUCGAGAAUAACCUCUCGGACGACGACUAUGACGAGCUGGCCUCCGCCAGCGGCAGCGACGAUGAUGUCAAGCCUUCGAACAGCACCAUUGGCCAGAUCCUCAAGGGCAUACUCGACGAGCCACGCUUCAAGACGGUCACCAUGAAGUCAUUGUUUGAGCUCAUCCAGACGGGUACCGUCGACCUCAAUCCCGACUACCAGCGAGAUGUCGUGUGGCCCGACGCGCGCCAGGUCAAGCUCAUCCAGUCGUUGAUGCAG